AUGAAUUAAGAGAUUUCAAAAGAAAUAUUAGCACUAUCAAUUCAUGUUGCAGCUGCUGCAUCUUCAAUUACAGUACAAACUCAAUAAAGAAUGACUUUAGUAACAAACAGCGUAUUAGAGACUGUAAGUUAAACAAUGAAGAUAAUAAAUUUUUUAAUGUUAUGCUCUUAGAAACAGUCACAAUUAGAAGCAGUUACAGAGGAACAAGAAGAUGAAGGUUAAAAGGAUUCAAAGACAAAGGAAUGUUUGAAUGAAUAGUUUUUAAAGACUGUAUAAUCAGAUUGUUUUAAUGAUGAAGUGAUUGAAAAUUAAAAAGAGAAAGAAAAUUGUCCAACAGACAUGAUCAUGAGAUAAGUAAGUGAGUUGAGAGGAUAGAGCAUAUUGAAAUCAAAUAAUAAUUUAUCUGAAGAAUAUCCAAAAUGCAAUGUAAAUCAAGUUGAAAGUGCAACUCCAAUAUAGUUCAGAAAACCCUCUUUAUUGUCUUAGUAACUUUCCUUGAUAAAGGUAGAUAAAUAGAAAGAAGCAGAGGAAUAGAGAGAGUUAAUGAAAUUAAUAGAAUCAGUAGAUCCAAUAGAAUUAAUCCCAAAAUUGAAAUAAAUUGAGAUUUAUGAUGAAUAUAAAAGGUCAUCAGGUUUUAAGGAUAUAUUAGUAUAUUCAAACAAACAACAGAUAGUAAUUAAUGAACAAGAGGCAGAAGAAUAACUGAUGGAUACUCCAAAUAAAUCAGAAUGGUAUGAGAAUUCUUCAGUUGAAUAUCGUGCUACUUCUUAUAAUACAAAUGAAUCUUCAAAUCUAGAUCAUCAUUCUUAUAAAUGGAAGAGUAGCAGUUUUGGGGAUGAUAAUAUGAUAUAAGAGUGUGGAUUUCAAUUUUAAUCUUCUGUAUUUGAUUUUCCAUUUCCUGAAGAUUUUUGUGCUAACAGUUAGAACAUACAAACUAACAUAUAAAAUAUUGAAAACAAAAAUUAGCAUACUCCAAAAAAAAAGAGACUAUAUUGUAAUAAUAAGAAAGUUCCUCAUUGGGCUGAAAAUCUAGAAGUAAUAAAGUAAUUAUAUAUAAUUAGAGAGUAUCUCAACAUUAAAAUUAAUAAUAGAAUUUAUCUUAGAAUUAAAUAUUUGGUAGAAUGAAAUAGAGGGUUUUAGAUAUUGCUAAAUAAUUUUCUUUGAAUAGAUUUAAUAAAAGAGGUAGUUCAGCUUAAUGGCAUAUAUCUAAUGAGAAAUAUGAAUAGAUGUAAAAGUAAAUGAUGAACUUACAAUAAAUAUAAGAUCAAAACAUUAUUAAGUUGAAAUAACAUUAAGAAGAUGUAUAAUAUAUAUGAUUAAUAUAUUUCUAGUCAGUGAAAAAGAACUAAGGACUUUAUGCUAAAACAUAGUACUUUUUAACAAGCAUCAAAAAAAAGAUUCUGAAUUCUUUUGAAAAAGAAUACAAAUUCAAAAAUGUUUGA